CAUGGAAGAUAAGGUAAGCCGGCCUAACUUUCUAUGUCAUUUAUCCUCCAAAUAUUUCCUACCUCUUAUUUCUCCCCUACUUACUUCCCACCACAGACCAACUCUUCACAUUCUUCCACAACACUUAGCCUCAUCUAUUUGCAGGAGAUUCCAAUUCUUAUAUUUUGUUGAAACUUAUUUGAGAUCAGCCAGGACCAAAAGUCUGAGCUUUUUGACUGAAUAUGAUUUGAUCAUUAUAAUAGUGAUGAAGAAAGUCUUCAAGACUCCAAAUAGAAGAUAUGUGCGAUGAGUGAAAGAUUGCUAGGAGUAUCCGCACAUAGCAAUAAUGUUGAUAAUCUUUGCGGUGGCUCUGCUCCUUGCCGGCAUCGUCGUGGUGGUUAUGAUUCAUCUGUGUGUGGUUUGGCAGACAAUUGGGAGGUUCAGCAACCUUGCAGAAGCUGAAGACCACAGAAACUUGAUCAAAGGGGUGUCGGCCGAAGAGCUCAAGAAGCUCCCUUGCUAUGACUACAAGGCUGGGGUGAAGGGAAGGGGAAGUGAAGCAGAGUGUGCGGUUUGUUUAGAAGGUUUUCAGGUGGGUCAAAGGUGCAGGCUAUUGCCUGUUUGCAGGCACAGCUUUCAUGCAGACUGUGUGGAUUCUUGGCUGAUGAAGACUGCAAUUUGUCCAAUUUGCAGGAGUAGAGUGAGGGAAAGGGUAUGUGGUUCGGUCGCUGGCGAUCGGCGGAGGGAUGAGUUGGAGUUGCAGGAAAUUGCAGUGGUUGAGUCUGGAGCUCCACCACCUCUUCACGGUUCUGCUGCUUUAUUAUAGAUGAAUGGAGUGAUACCCUUGGGCUGUUCUUACUUUGCUGUGUAAUGAAACAACUGUAUAUAGUUCAAUGAGUUCUGCAAAAAUUUCUAUUUCCAUUCUAAAAAAAAAAAGAACUUUGGUUUGCGGAAAUUGAU